AUGAUUUCAAUAACAAAUACAGCCUACAGUUCAUAUUAUUAUGUGGGUUGUUAUACACAAAUUUUUUAUGAUACUUAUUUUACAAGUUCAUAUAUGGAACCAACAUUAUGUUUUCGUUUAUGUGAAACAUCAAUUAUUUAUAUACAAGACAAAAUAUGCCGAUGUUCAGGUGGUGGUCUUAUGGAUCAUAGUCGACAGAGAGAUAUAUUCUGUACAAUACCAUGUCCAACACCAGGUAAUCGUCAAGUUAAAGCAACUAAUAAUACAUGUGGUGGUAAGGAAACAUAUUCAGCUUAUGCUGAAUAUCAAUUUUAUACUCGACAUGCUCAUUUAUUUGAGUAUCGAAUUAAAUUUACAUCAUGUCAAUUUUGGAAUACUUCUGGUUAUUAUGAUACAUUGCUAGUUAAAAUUGAUGAAUCAUCUGUUAAAUCAUCAUUGACUAAAUUGGACCGAUGUGCAGGUGCAUGUUUAGAUCAAAAAGUGACAACAAAAUCAAUAGCUUUCAACAGUGAUAACAAUCAAUGUUUAUGCAUAAUGCCACAGAAAUUAAAUGUCGAUUCUGAUCGUACACUUUAUUUAACAAUUUUACCAAAUAACAGUUGUAAUCGUUAUUGUGAUAAUACAUUAGGUGAUUCAAACGUCGAACAUCAAUUCAAAUGUGGUUCAUUAAACGAUUCACGUAUAUGGGCUAUAUAUGAAUUAAUUGAUUUAUGUCCAAUUGAUUUUAUUUACAUAAAAGAAUUAAAAGAAUGUAUGUCUACAUAUAAAGGAUUUUGGGAAUCAUGUCCAUCAUCAUCGAUAAAGUAUGUUUAUGAUGGAAAUAUAACAUGGAAUAAUUUUCUUAAAGUUAUUGAACAGUUAAACUUAACGAAAUCGAUUGUUACAAUAGAUUUUGAUGAUGAUGUUACUAUUGAUCCUUCAUGGAAAUGCCCAAUAACAACAACAACAAAAAAUUCAAAUUCUUCUGAAACAAGCUAUUUCAUUUCGAGUUUUUUUAAUACCAAAUAUUUAUUAGAUAAUGGUUGUUUACGUGUAGGUUCAUAUUCAUGGUCUUCAUAUAGUUUAUCAUAUCAUUUGUGUAUAACAUAUUCAAUAAGUAAGGAUCCGUUAUUUGAUCAUCUUGAAAGUUAUUCAAUCUAUACAUCUGGUAUGAAUCAAAUACUGUAUGAUUGCCCAAUGAAUUGGCUUGAUUUAAAUGGAUAUUGUUAUCAAAUAUCGGAUGAACGCAAAACAAUACAAGAAGCAAGAAAUAGUUGUAUUACUGUAUCCGAGGCUGAAAAAAGUAAAAGACAUGAAGAGCUUAUAGCACGUAUUGUUUUUAGUGAUGAUGAUGAUGAUGAUGAUAAUGAUAAGAAGGAAAGACAUAAUAAACUCAAGGAUUAUAUCAGUGAUUUACUUGAAGGUGAAAUCGUUCAAUAUACAUCACACUGGCAAGGUCGUCUUGGCUUUUUUCUACUUGACACAAACAUAUCAAGUAAUGAAUCAACAGAUCAAGAUGAUAAAAAUAUACCAUUAUUAAGAUCCAAUAUUAAUAUUAAUCGUUCAUCUAUGAAUGAAUUUCAAUUGAUUGAUUUGAAUGUAAUAAAUAAUUUAACUAGAAAAAAUGACUCAUGUUUAGUUUUUACACGUUCAAUGAUUGACGAUAAAGAAAGUUCUAUUUUAAAUAAUAUUCAAAUCAAUAAUUGUUCAAAACCAAGACAUGUUUUAUGUAGAACAAAACCAAUAAUAGCUCGUAAUUUUGAAAUAGGUUGUUUUCAUAAACCAUUAACACUUGGUGUACCAGUCAUGAUAUCAAAUCUUUUAACGUUUGAAUUAUGUUUAUCUAUUUGUAAAGAAUUAGAAACAAAUAUAGGUGUUCUUCAUAUGAAUAAAUGUUAUUGUUUCAAUGCUGCUUUUACAUGGAUAGCUGAAAUCACACGAAAUCAUUCAAAACAUAAAAAAUAUGAUUGUGGAAAUCCUUGUCCGGGUAAUAAACAUGAACGCUGUGGUGAUGAAAAUACAAUCUUUAUCUUUUAUGUCUCUGGUUAUCUAUUUUCAUCUAGAUUCGCCUUGCGAAAUAAAUUAGAUAAACCAAAUCCUGACUUUAUUUUUGAUGAUUGUAUAAAUUUAAAUUCUGUAAAUCCAUCGACAAUGUAUCAAUUCAAUUUUAAACGUACAAAUGAUAUUCAUCCACGUCAUUGUUUAGAAUUAUGUACUAAUUAUAAACAAAAAUAUGCUCUUCUUAAUUCAAAUAAAUGUUUAUGUACUAAUGUGUCAUUAAAAAAAAAACAAGAUGAUCCUUAUCCAUCUCUCGAUUUUAACUGUACUCGAGAAUGUCCAGCUAAUUAUUUUUAUACAUGUGGAAAUACAAGUAAUUCAUCGAUAUAUUCAAUGUAUGUAAUGGAACUAAAUUGUCCUACUGGUUUUACAUUAGAGAAAGAUAAACGAAGAUGUGUGUAUACAAAUACAUUGAUAGAGAAAAAUUCUUUUUCCAAAGCACAAUCAUAUUGUAAAUCAAUUGGUGGUAUACUUGCAAAAAUGAAUGAUAUUUUAGAAAUUCAAGAUGUUUUACUCAGUUCAGCUUUCAUUUUCUAUACUAUCUUAAGCUAUUCAUCAUCAUCAUAUUAUUCUUAUUCAAAUCCACUUGAUAAUAAAAAAUAUUUUUGGAUUGAUCGUACAUUUAAUAUCAUAAAUAACAAUAUAACAUUAGAUCAUCCUAUUGGAAGAUGUUCACAAACAUCAGAAUCAAUUGAUCAAAAUUGUAUUCUUCUUCGUUAUCAAAGAAUUCUAAUUGAAAAUACAACAAGUUAUGAACGUUGUUUUACUGAAUCAAAUGAAUGUUCAUCUAAGUCUGCUAUGCCAGUUUGUGUUGAUAAACAUAUAGAAUUUGAUUCAAAUAUUAUUCCUUCGACUAAUGAUAAUAAUCCAUCAAUGAUAUCAAUUAAUACAUCAAUAGAUUAUUCAUGUGGAAAUGAUAAAAAAUAUCAUCUUAUAGACCAAUAUUGUUAUAAAAUAGAUUUUCAUGAGACAACUUGGCAAGAUGCAAAAGCUGAAUGUGAACGUGAUAAUGCUAUGUUAUUCAUACCUGAAAAAAUGAUGAUAUUGAAAAUGAUAAGAUUGUUAUUUUUACGUCAACGUAGUUAUACAUCAUCAAGUAUUGCACAUGUUGGUUUCAUUUAUAAUAAUCAAAAUCAUACUGUUAUGAGAUAUAGUACAAAGAAUGAAAAUAUUUUAGAAAAUGUAUCAGAUCCUGAUUCUUUUUUCUAUGAAUGUGAAAGUACAUUUCGUAAAUAUUAUGGAAAAUUAUCUUUAUCAACAAAGGAAAAGAAUCAAUUAAAAUCUCAACAAACUGGUUGUGGAUAUGUUGAUUUUCGACAUGAUACGGACCUAUCUGUUUCAUGUGAUGAAAUACCUUGUGAUCGGGUAGCAACUGUAAUAUGUCAGAAAUCGCCAAUUCGAAAAAUACGUGCCAUUAUAGCAAAAAGUGGUUAUAUCGACGAACCGGUAGAUGAUGAAUCAAAUGAUCAAAAAUCAACAAAAUCUAUUGGCAGAGAUUUUGCACCAAUUUUCUAUGUUGUCGGCAUUGUAUUCAUUCUUAUACUUCUUGUAUUUAUAGGUAUAUUAUACAACCAGUAUGUUGCGCGAAAAAAAAAUAAUGGACAACAUAAUGAACCUGUUUAUUCUCCACUGUUAAUGGCGAAUGAAUUUGAUUUAAGUUGA